CCAACAAAACCAUCAUUGCUCGCACCAAGCCAGCAGAGAGAGAGAGCAAAGCAAGAACCGCACGGCACGGCACGACACUCUGCCAGUGGAGUGACUGACAUCCAUCGAUCGGCGGCAUGUCGACGGCGUCGGAGCAGCCGCCGCCGCCGCACCGGGGGCUGUGGAGCCUCGGCGGGACGGUGGAGCUCGUGGCGGCGUUCACAGCGGUGUGCCUCGCGCUGUACGGGGCGGUGCUGUACCUCAACUAUCUGUACGUGCGGUGGAGCGGGCGGGACGGCGUGCGCCGGACGGGGCCCGGCCCCGAGGCCGGGCCGGCGACGGGGAAGAGGGACGGCGGAGGAGGGCUCGACGAGGCGGCGCUGGCGGCCAUGCCGGUGUUCAGGUUCAAGGCGGAGCCGCGCGGGGGCGGCGGCGGCGGCGGCGAGGAGUGCGCGGUGUGCCUGGGCGCUAUGCAGGACGGCGACGCGGUGCGCGCCCUGCCCGGGUGCAGCCACGCGUUCCACGCCGGGUGCGUCGACGUCUGGCUGGGCGCGCACGCCACCUGCCCCGUCUGCCGCGCUCGCCCUGCUCCGGCAGCGAAGGACGGCUCCAAGACGGCAGAGACCGCCGGACGGGGGCCGGACCUGGAGAGCACGGUAUAGCAUGCUUGAGGUACUUAUCUUAUGGGGUUUGAGUACAGAAUGUUUGUGUUAGCUUACUCCGAUUGGGAGUCUGGGACCGACAAUUUUGUCUCAUGGCUUGUAAAUUGUAAUCCUACUUGACUUUGGUGAUGAUAAAUAAAGAAGUUCUCCAGAUCA